ACUAAAGAUUAAAAAAAAAAUUAAAGUAUAUUCAUGCACGAAGCAGCACAAAAAAUGGUGGAAAAAAUAAGGCAAAAUGAGAAUGGAGUGAUGAUGAGCGUUUAUGUGGAAUCAAAAAUUCUUCGAUCCAAUCAGAAAAUUGAUCGGAUCAACAGAAUCAGCGUUUCUAAAUCACGAUGCUAUGAUCGGCGUGCCCACCUCCUUGCAUAUACAAAGGAGCUCAAGCAUGCAAAAGAGUUAAAGAGGCCAUUAAUUAAAAAUUUGAGGCCAAAAUCAAAGAAGCGGAGAUGGGCUGUGGUCGGGGAAGGCUUUAGACGAUUGUUUUCGCAAUUCCGUAGGGUGAAGAGGUUGUGGAAGUAUGAAUCAAUAGACGGUGAAGGGAGAUGGAGCAACGGAAGAAGAAGAAAAAUUCAUUUUUGUAAGAAAUUGAAGUGCUUGUUGAAGAAGAUAUCUGGGGCUUGGACAUGCAACAGUGGUGCCACUCAUUGAUUUUCAAUAGAUUUACUAUUUAGAUUGGAGGAUUUUAAUUCCAAUUUGGACGAAACAAAAUAUUAGAUGAUUUUAUUUUAUUUUAUUUUUGUAAUUUCACACUCUAAUAACAUUUGGAGUCUAGAACAACGAGUUUAUCUGUUUAUGUGAACAA